GUUUAGUGCGCAACCGAGUCGUUAAGCAACGUCCAUCGACGGGUUAAUUUAGCCAAACUAGUUAGCUUUCGGCUCGAAUAUGAUAAGCUUUCUGUUCAUUGUCAAUCGCGCGUUCAGCGGCGCCAGCAGCAAGUUAAUGGCGCAAGCAGCAGCAGCUUCUGGUCCACGUCCACUUGUGCUCUGCGGCCCCUCCGGUUCCGGCAAGAGCACAUUGCUGAAACGUUUAUUUGCCGAAUUCCCCGAUAAAUUUGGCUUCAGCGUGUCGCACACAACGCGCCACCCACGCGAAGGCGAACAGCAUGGCGUUCACUAUUAUUUCGUGAGUCGAUCGGACAUGGAGCAGGCGAUCGCCAACGAUGAGUUCAUCGAAACGGCCGAAUUUACGGGCAACAUGUACGGCACCAGCAAGCAGGCCGUGCGCGAUAUACAGAGUCAGGGCAGAGUGUGCAUACUCGACAUCGAACAGAAGGGCGUGGAGCAGAUCAAGCGAACCGAUCUCAAUCCCAUACUGAUCUUUAACAAUCCGCCGACCAUUGCGGAGCUGGAGCGGCGUCUGCUGAAACGCAACAGCGAAACGGAGGAGACGCUGCAGAAGCGCCUCAAAGCGGCCGAGGUGGAGAUUGCCUAUGGCCUGACGCCCGGCAACUUUCACAAGAUCAUCAAUAAUGUGGACAUCGAUGUGGCCUACGAGGAGUUCCGUGACUUUGUCGUCGAGGAGCUGAAAAAGCAGCAGGCGUCGGGCGUGCACUUUAAUUGAGUCGCAGCUGCAGAUAUUUGGCUAAAAUAUUGACUUCAGGCAUUUAUACUUAUUUGUUCAAUUUUAUUUAUUACAUACAUAUAUAUAUUUGUCCUCUCACUGUUCUUGUUGUUGUUGUUAACUAUAAGCAGAAAAUGUGCUGCGGUGCGUGAACAAUAAAGCAAACAGUUCAGACUUUUUGCAA